AUGGCUCUCUUUGGAUUGUUUGGAUCGGAGUCCAAAAACAUUGAAGUGUUCGAGAAGGAAUUGACUUUGUUGAGUCAGAAAGUAUCGACUACUCAACAACAAAUUGUUAGAUUGAAGAGUAAAAGAACCCUGAUAAGAACUCAAUUGAUAAUAUAUUUGGCUAGUUUCUAUAUAUUAGUUCUCGGAUAUUUGUAUCUGCAAGUACCAAGAGAUUAUAUUGGGGGUAGCAGUAGGGUGUACAAUUUUUUAAGGUUUCAAUCGAGUAAAUCGAUGAUGAUAUUGGUAUCAACUCCGAUUGGAAGCUAUGGGUUUAUAUAUUUGAUUGAUUUGUUACUUAAGUACCUUAUAAGUAAAAGAGAGAGUUUGUUGGAGACUUUGAAAGAGAAAAGAGGCAAGAAGAUUGACGAAUUGAAAAAAAUCACCAAUUAUACUCGAACCCAUGAAUUAUUGGACAAGUAUGGCGAUGAAAAGCCUAAAGAACUGGCCAAGCCUCCAAUUAAGCAACCGGCCCUUCCUCCGGCUGCUCGCCCAGCACCUCCCACAAAUCCAUUGAUCAAUGUGCCGGCCUCCCCAACAAAUCCUUCGAAUACACCAACACCAAAUACCCCAAGUAGUUCUAAUCUUUCAUCGCCGGCUCCUCAAUCACGGACCUUGCAAGACCGGAUCUUGGAUUAUAUAAUUGGAUCGGAAAAUAAUGAAAGUAUUGAAAAUCGAUUUGCAUUAAUCUGCUCGAAAUGCUACCAUCAUAAUGGGUUGGCGCCCCCAGGAAGUAGUAAUCCCCAAGAAAUCGUUUACAUUUGUCCCUACUGUGGACUAAUCAAUGGAGACGCCAGUAAGAGAGAAGAAACCAUUCGACCCGUCCAGGAAAUCGAGGAACCAAUUACAGAAACCGGAAUUGACAAUGAACACGAACCAAGUCACAACCCGGUUGAUUUAUUGAAAAAAUAA